AUAAGGCACGCGCACAAUGGAAGAUAUCAAAGUGGAUAUGUCGGGCGACAUGAAUGUUCCCAAAACGGAACCAAAGCCCCAAUUCGACUUCAGCACCUUUACUCAGUUUCAGAAAAUACCCUCGCCCAUGGAAUUGGUGCAAUUGACUCGCAAGUAUAUUCGGCCAUGGUCGGAAUUUUUGAAUACUGGCAAUUUCAAAGCUGCAGCCAGUAUGCCACGCUUGACCAGCCGCUUUGUAAGAAAUCUGGAUUAUUUCAAGAGCAAUUACAUCUUUGUUUUUAUUGUUUUGAUGAUAUACUGUCUCAUCACUUCCCCCUUGAUCUUAAUAGUGUUGGCUGGUGUGGCAUAUGCCAGCAAUAAGAUUAGAAAAGCCCAGGCCCCAGUAAAUGUUUUCGGUCAUCAAUUGUCGCCAGCCCAUCAAAUAAUGGCCCUAAAUAUUGCCUCAGUACCAGUAUUAUUUUUGGUUGGCGCUGGCGCUGCUCUCUUCUGGACACUAGGUGCAUCAUGCUUCGUUAUCUCAUUGCAUGCUAUUUUUUAUAAUAUCGAUGCAAUAGUAACGGAGGACACAGAGGGCUUCCUGGCGGAAGUGGUCUAAA